AUGAAUAGCUUUAGAGUCCUGCUUGGAAGCAACCAGUUCACCCUGCUGCUCUUCUUCCUUUUGCAGUUUCAGAGUCUGGGGCUGGACGUUGACAGCCGACCUGCUGCAGAAGUCUGUGCCACACACACAAUUUCACCAGGACCUAAAGGGGCUGAUGGUGAAAAAGGAGACACAGGAGAAGGAGGCAAGGAUGGCAAGGUGGGACGCAGGGGACCAAAAGGAGUAAAAGGAGAGCUGGGUGAUAUGGGAGCCCAGGGCAAUAUUGGCAAGUCUGGCCCCAUUGGCAAGAAGGGUGACAAGGGGGAAAAGGGUCUGCUAGGGAUUCCAGGAGAAAAAGGCAAAGCAGGUACCAUCUGCGACUGUGGGAGAUACCGGAAAGUGGUUGGACAACUGGAUAUUAGUGUUGCUCGUCUUAAGACAUCUAUGAAGUUCAUCAAGAAUGUCAUAGCAGGGAUCCGGGAAACGGAGGAGAAAUUCUAUUACAUCGUGCAGGAGGAGAAGAACUACAGGGAAUCCCUGACCCACUGCAGGAUCCGGGGAGGAAUGCUAGCCAUGCCUAAGGAUGAGGUCAUUAACACUCUUCUUGCUGACUACAUCGCCAAGAGUGGCUUCUUCCGAGUGUUCAUCGGGGUGAAUGACCUUGAGAGGGAAGGGCAUUAUGUGUUCACAGACAAUAGCCCAUUGCAGAACUACAGCAACUGGAAAGAGGGAGAGCCUAGUGACCCCUAUGGCCAUGAGGACUGUGUGGAGAUGCUGAGCUCCGGCAGGUGGAACGACACAGAGUGCCAUCUUACCAUGUAUUUCGUCUGUGAGUUUGUCAAAAAGAAGAGAUAA